CAUGAACUCGCUUGAAAUAUGAAGCCACCAAAACUGAUCCGUACAGACCCACCUGGCCAGUGUUUUCACACAUGAAUUGGGCGACACAGUCUAAUACUUUGUUGACUUGUCGCGUCUUGGCACCAGCACGUCCAGACACGAUCAUCAGGCGAGUAAUCGUCAGACAUGAAGGGGAAGCAGUCAGUAGUACCGAAUCUUGGGUCUGGGCCUACUUACAAUAUUACUGAAGACACGCAGUGCUUACGUCACGGUGCGGUGGCGGACCCCUAAGAGUUUUGGUUCAAGGUAAAGCAGGUGAGUCAUUUGGGGAGCUUUUUCAGCCGCUGUCGCUUGUGUGAGCCCUUGGCCAUGCCGACCUUGGCUGCGGUGGAAGGUGGAGGCACCACCUUUGUGGCAGCAAUCGGAACUGCCGACCCGCUCACCAUCCUCGAUCGAGCGGAGUUUCCCACAAAGCCCAACCCGGCGGAAACUUUGCAUGAGGUGGCGAAGUGGCUCUCCACACGCAAGUACGACGCCCUGGGUGUGGCUUGCUUCGGACCGGUUGACUUGGACGUUGCGAGCGCGACAUGGGGCCAUAUCACCACCACGCCCAAGGAGGGCUGGCAGAACACAGACGUCAUGGGCCCACUGCUCGCGUUGCGGAGAGUGCCAUGCUUGUUUGAUACCGACGUCAAUGCUCCCGCCCUCGAGGAGUUCAGGCACUACGCUGCGGGGGGCCAGAGCUCUUGUGCCUACGUCACGGUGGGCACUGGGGUUGGCAUCGGGCUGGUCGUGAACGGCAAGAUGGUGAAGGGCCUGGUGCAUCCAGAGGGAGGCCACAUCCCCGCGCUCAAGCGGCCCAACGAUACCUUCCAAGGCCUCGGCGUGCAUCCAUGGUCUAUUGAGGGCCAAGUUUGCGCCGCGGCCAUAGCAGCGCGCGCCGGCGUCCCCGCGGACAAGCUGAAGGAGAUCCCCGACGACAGCGAGGUCUGGCUCGACGUCGCGUACGUGUUGGGCUCCAUGUGCGCGACCCUCACACUAUUAUGCUCCAUCGAGCGCAUCGUCCUGAGCGGCGGCGUCAUGCUGAGGGCGUCGCUCUUCCCCAAGAUCAGACAGGCCACGCGCAGCAUCCUCAACGGCUACGUCCAGCAUCCGAGGGUGCUGGCCGACGGCCCAGAGGGCAUCGAUUCGUACAUAGUGCCUUCGGAGCGGGGCAACGAAGCAGGCAUUUUCGGGGCCCUGGCUUUGGCGGACGCAGCCCUGAAGCGGAGCCAGGAUGGAGAGAGCGACGAUCACGCGUCUAUCGGAAGCAUCGCUGCUCUCAUGAAGUCCUGCACCAGCCGAUAGGCCAUGCGUUCCCGCGCCCGCGCUGGAAAUGAGGGUGCGCCUGCUUGCGUGCAAGCCUAGCAGCUUACCUGGUGGGCCCACUCCUUCUCCACUCUUCCGCUCGCUCGUUUUUCUCUUCGGCCACGAGCGGGGCGGGUGCUCUGGUCGCUCCGACAUCGGCAGUUCGAGCUGGACGCCAGCGGCCACGCCCGAGAGGGACCUCGAGGGCGGCGAAGCGGGUGCUCCGUGAGCGGAGCAGCGCGAGAGCGGGCAGAAAA